GGCUCGACAGCGGGCACCGCGUCAUCUGGCAAGGCAGUGUGCUCCGAGUCAACUGGUAUGACCGCGGGGCACUGGGUCAGACAUUGGAUCAUCUGGCUGGACAGCGGGCAUCGGGUCACCAGGCAUCAGGUCAUUUGGCUCAACAGCGGGCACCGCAUCAUCUGGCAAGACAGUGGGCACCAAGUCACCAGGCACGACAGUGGGCUCUGAGUCAAUUGGCAUGACAGCGGGGCACCGGGUCAUCAGGUACCGGAUUGUCUGGCUCGACAGCGGACAUCGGGUCACCAGGCAUCAGGUCAUUUGGCUCGCCAGCGGGCACCGCGUCAUCUGGCAAGGCAGUGGGCACGAGUCACCAGGUACGACAGCGGGCUCUGAGUCAAUUGGCACGACAGCGGGCACCGUAUCAGGUACCGGAUCAUCUGGAUCAACAGCGGGCAUCGAGUCAACUGGC